GCAAGGCGAAACUGUGUCGCGGAAGUCACGUGGCCUUCGCCCAGCUGCGUCUGCCGUGUCUCGGCGGUGAUGGUCGUGGUGGCUGGUGUGGCGCCGGAAAGGUAGGAAAAAUUGCUCCCGUCUCGGCUGGCCGGCUGCGCCCGCCGCUGCUCUCGGCUCCAAAAUGACCGACGCCGACUACACGCCGGUGCCAACAUUUGAAAGCGGCGACGACCGAAAGGCUGGAGCACUUUUGAAGACCACGAGCUUCACCAAGCGCGACUGCAUAAUUGUGACGGUGGUUGCGGUGCUGGCACUGGUGGCCAUCGUGACCACACUGGUUCUGGGCUUGCCGCAAAUCAGCGAGAAGCGAGCGCGCUACUCCAACAUCACAUUCAGCUCGUCGCCCUCGCAGCUCGGCCAGUACCAGCAAGCGGCCGUCACCGUUGACGGGGAGCCCUGCGCACCCAUUGGCAGGGAAAUUUUAUUAAGAGGGGGAUCUGCCGUUGAUGCAGCGGUUGCCCUAUUGUUUUGCAAUGGCGCUGUGAACCCUCAAAGCAUGGGUCUUGGCGGAGGUGUGUUCAUCACGGUAUAUACAAAUGCUACUGGAGUUGCCGAAGUCAUUGAUGGUAGAGAGGCAGCCCCAGCUGCUGCCACGGCGCAAAUGUUCAUUGGGAACAGUUCACUUCUUUCAACAGGUCCCCUGUCUGUUGCUGUCCCAGGCGAGCUGAAGGCGUACUAUGUGGCUCAUGAUAAAUAUGGCAAGCUUCCCUGGUCCCAGCUGGUUGGGCCAACAAUUGAGCUUUGUAGGAAUGGUUUCCCAGUAGGCAAGCACCUGGCCAAAAAGCUUCAAGAGAAGCGGGAUGGCAUCAUUGGAGAGCCUGCAAUGAAGGAGGCAUUCUUCAACAAUAAUACAAACGACGUGUUCAAGGAAGGAGAGAUUCUUAGGCGGCCAUUGUUUGCCGACACACUCCAGCUGAUUGCUGACAAAGGAACUGAAGAGUUCUACACUGGGGAGCUUGGAAAAAAGUUUGUCCAAGAUUUGCAGCAAAUGGGUGGCCUCAUGACAGAAGAUGACUUGAAAUCUUACCAGGCACAUGUGAAACCAGCCACGAAAUACACCCUCCUUGGGGAACAUGUCAUGUACAGCGUACCCCCACCUGGCAGUGGACCAGUUCUUUCUCUUGCUCUGGGUAUCCUAUCUGGCUAUGGCUACAGCGGAAGCAAUGCCACAGGCAGUGCGGACGAUGCUGCUCUCAUGUACCAUCGCAUUGUAGAGGCCCUGAAAUUUGCUUAUGCAAAGAGGACAUAUCUUGGAGAUGAAGCUUUCGUCAACACAACAGAUAUUGUGACGCUGAUGUUGUCUCGGGACUAUGCCAACUCUCUGAGGUCCAAAAUUUCUGACUUUGAGACGCAUGAACCCAGCUUUUACGAACCAGCAUCCCAUGUUAAGGAGGACAAAGGAACGGCACAUGUCAAUGUGCUGGCACCAAACGGUGAUGCUGUCUCAGCCACCAGCACGGUAAACAGAUACUUUGGAGCGAUGCUGAUUUCCCCAUCGACGGGCAUAGUUAUGAACAGUGGCAUGGAUGACUUUUCUGUGGAGAAUGCUACAAACAGUUUUGGCCUGGAGUGGUCAGAAGCCAAUCUCAUUGCUCCUGGCAAGCGGCCACUGUCUUCAAUGUGCCCCACUGUUCUAACAGAGCCCUCUGGCGCUGUGCACACUGUCAUUGGUGGGGCUGGUGGCUCUCGUAUCACCAGUGGCACAGCUCAGAUUUUGUUCAAGACACUUUAUCUUGAUGAAACAAUCAAACAGGCCAUUGAUGACCUUCGUAUUCAUCACCAGCUUUACCCCAACCACAUUUUCUAUGAGAAGUCCUUCCCACCGAUCAUCCUGGACAAACUGCAAGAAUUUGGACACAAGGUCAGGCCAGAAGUGGAGGAGUCGUCAUUCCAGGGCAUUACACGAUCGAAGGAUGGUGGCGUCCUUGCCAAUGUAGACUUUAGAAAAGGCGGCAGUAUAGCUGGUUACUGAUUUGCGUGAAGCCCACCAUAUGGCCAGUGGCACAGCAGGGAGAUCAAGGAGUUCGUCCAGCUCCUACACACCUAUAGGUUGUACUGUUUUCUUCAGCGAACCAUUCCUGAAUUUCAUAUUCAGUGCUGCACUCACUACCAUCUUUUUUAAACACCUUUAAAAGGCACAUGGCAGCUGAGCCUCGCGGUUUUAUGUGUAUUUAAGAUUGUUUUUGCCUUUUGAAUGUAUACUAUGAAAGAAGAAAGUAAAUUAUUUUUUCAGCCACUCA